UAACACAACGCAACACAACAACACAACGCAAAUCAAAGUCCACUUCCAUUCUAACGUUAACCAUCGCCUCACACACUCACCAUCACUCACCAACCAUGGCUACCUCUACAGCUGCUGCCGCUGCAUCAUCCUUCAUGGGAACACGUCUCCCUGAUGUUUACUCAAACUCAGGUCGGGUCCAAGCUAGGUUUGGCUUUGGAACCAAGAAAUCAGCACCAAAGAGAUCAGCGAAACCCACCUCUGACAGGCCACUGUGGUACCCAGGAGCUAAGGCACCAGAAUGGCUAGAUGGAAGCUUAGUUGGUGAUUAUGGGUUUGACCCAUUUGGAUUGGGAAAACCAGCAGAGUAUUUGCAGUUUGAAUUGGAUUCUUUGGACCAGAACUUGGCCAAGAAUAUCGCUGGUGAUAUUAUUGGGACACGUACUGAAGCUGCUGAUGUUAAGUCCACUCCUUUCCAGCCUUACAGUGAGGUAUUUGGACUGCAACGAUUCCGUGAAUGUGAGCUUAUCCAUGGAAGAUGGGCUAUGUUGGCCACUCUUGGUGCUCUUACCGUUGAGUGGCUUACAGGAGUCACCUGGCAAGAUGCUGGAAAGGUGGAGCUAGUUGAAGGGUCAUCUUACCUUGGGCAGCCACUGCCAUUCUCCAUUACUACAUUAAUCUGGAUUGAGGUUUUGGUGAUCGGUUACAUUGAGUUCCAAAGAAACUCAGAGUUGGACCCAGAGAAGCGGCUAUACCCUGGAGGAAAGUUCUUUGAUCCACUUGGCCUAGCUGAGGACCCGGAGAAAAAGGCAACACUUCAAUUGGCAGAGAUAAAGCACGCUCGCCUUGCCAUGGUUGCAUUCCUUGGAUUUGCAGUUCAAGCUGCUGUUACUGGGAAAGGACCUCUCAACAACUGGGCCACUCACUUGAGUGACCCUCUCCAUACAACCAUCAUCGAUAACUUCAGCUCUUAAAAAAGACACUAUUUGUAUUGCCUGUUUUGGGUUGUUUGCACGGAGGAUGGAUUACUAGGUUGUACUAAUAUUUAUAUGCGCUUCUUGUAAAGAUUUAUAACAUUUCGAAAACUCUGGUUGUUCUCUA